UGAUGAUCGGGCGCGAAAGUGGUUUCAAUGUGAAUCGUAAAAAUGAUUUUUUUGUGUUAAAUAAAUUGUAUCAAGGUGCGCAAGUCGUCGUCUUGGUCCUUUUCCAGCUUCACGAUGGAUGCCAGUUACGUCCCUAACAACCCCCAGUUCGGUCUGCAGCUCGAAUGCAACUGGAAUUCCGCCCCUAGCGCCGGAGCCCAGCAGUCUUCUUCGUGCACCGACGACCUCUCUUCCUGCUGGAGCGAAGACAUGGGCUCUUUUUCUCUACCUCUGGACCUCGAGCCCUUGCCCAGCCUUUUUCCCUUCUCGCCUUGCAACACUACCUCCAACUACAAGACGGAACCUCUCCAGAACCAGAAUUCGCAAUACAAGCAGCCCACUUCGGACAUGGCGGACGUGCUAUUAUCCUUGAAGCACGCGGUGGUGCAUCCUGGACAGAGUCCUUCGGAUAAGUACGACCAGCAGCACUUGUACCAUCCGCAGGUUUUGCUGUCGCCGGGGGGGUAUUCGGGGUCGCUGUGCGACCAAGGGUUCGCCCAGCAAGCGCCCAUGUUCCCUAGCAUGUCGGUGAACGUGUCCAUGAACAUGACCAUGCAUGGGUAUCAUCCUACGAGUGGUUAUCCAACGAACGAGAUUUCUUGUCCUCAGGUUCAGUGGAACGCGGCUCCGCAGGGAGCUUCUCCGGCUACGUACCAGACGCAAGGACUCUUGAGUCCUUCGUAUGGAGGCACAACUUAUUCGUUUACGGCGGACUUUAGGCCGCCCCAGGAAGCCCCGGUCUUGACUUCGUACAAAUCCGUUCCUAUGUCGUUUUCGUCGCCACGAAGGAGGCACAGUGUAAAUUUAAUAGAGGACGAUAAUCAAAAACCCAACGUGUGUAGGAUAUGUGGCAAAAGCUACGCCCGCCCCAGCACGCUGAAAACCCACCUCCGCACCCACUCCGGCGAGAAGCCCUACCGCUGCAUCGACUGCAACAAGUCCUUCUCUCAGGCCGCCAACCUGACGGCGCACGUCCGGACCCACUCCGGAGAAAAGCCCUUCCGGUGCCCGGUCUGCGACCGCCGCUUCUCACAAAGCUCCUCCGUGACGACACACAUGCGAACCCACUCCGGAGAAAGACCCUACCGAUGCAGACUGUGCAAGAAAGCCUUCUCCGACAGCAGCACCCUGACCAAACACCUCAGGAUACACAGCGGAGAAAAACCCUACGAAUGCAAACUGUGUCUUCUGAGGUUUAGUCAAAGCGGAAACCUAAACAGGCAUAUGCGAGUGCACGGCGCCACGAACAUGAUGCCCCCAUGACAGGGACUCUUGGG